UAUGUGUGUUACAUGAUUUCGACAGCAUGCUUUGGGGAUGUUGUACUUUGGAGUGAAAUUGAGGUUAUAUUUGUGAUUUUUUAAGUCGGGGAACGACAGCUAAUGUUGGCGCGAGCGCGGAAUUCAUUUGUUUUUGUGUUCCGUUGUUUGGCUGUAAGAAUGAGCUCUCCAUAUUUCACUAACCCAACAGCUGCAUUAGACACUUCUGCAACUGAUACUGUGGGUAAAAGUGCUUUAAAUGGAGGAGGAAUUCGUAAAUUGAGAUCCGGAAUGGCUAAAGGGCUAAAGUCAGAGGAUGCUUUGCAUGGAGUUAAAGUAGAAUUUCAGGAGCGCAGUAUUUCAAAUGAUCUACUGCAGACGCAUGCAGUGAAAGCAGAGGCAAUGGAUGAUCAAACACCUCUGAGAUCACCUCAGAAACCAAGACGGGGCCGUGUGAAGGUGGAAUAUGAGGAGGAAGGGGUGGGGCUUAAGAGGGAGCGUUGGGAGCCAUGUGAUUGGAGAACACAGCUGUCAUUCAUCAGGGAGAUCAGAAGCAAACGAGAUGCUCCCGUGGAUAAGAUGGGGGCAGAGAAAUGCUACGAUACAGAUGCCCCACCUGAGGUGCGUCGUUACCAGGUUUUGAUCUCCUUAAUGUUGUCCAGUCAAACCAAAGAUCCCAUAACAGCUGCCGCUAUGCAGAGAUUACGUGAGCAUAACCUCAGUGUGACCACCAUCCUUAACAUGGAUGAUGAGACUUUGGGCAAACUCAUCUACCCAGUGGGCUUCUGGAGGACAAAGGUGAAGUACAUCAAACAGACCACGGCUCUGAUCCAGCAGGAGUUUGGUGGAGAUAUUCCGAACACAGUGGAGGGUCUUAUCCAGCUGCCGGGCGUCGGCCCUAAGAUGGCCCACCUGGCCAUGGACAUUGCCUGGAACAAUGUGUCAGGCAUCGGUGUGGACACCCACGUUCACCGAAUCUCAAAUAGGCUCGGAUGGACCAAGAAGGAGACCAAGACACCAGAGGAGACACGUAGAGCUCUAGAGGAGUGGUUACCACGAGAUCUGUGGAGUGAGAUCAACUGGUUGCUGGUUGGUUUCGGGCAGCAGGUGUGUCUACCUGUUGGACCGUUGUGCUCUAUGUGUCUAAAUCAGCACACCUGUCCAUCCGCCCACCGAUCCUCCCCCAAAAAGAAACUCAAAUCCAGUCCCCCAAAAUCCCCCGGAACCCCUCACAUCAGUCCGAGGGACAAACUAGACUCUCCAACGCCAAAGGUUAAAAAGGAGCCACUGGACACGCUUCCACCCAGCUCCCCAUCUCGAAGGAGGAAGAAGACAGCCUCACAGGAAGUGUCAUCCGGUCUGUCCUCCUUUUCUACAACAGAACAAGUGACUGAAAUGAAAACAGAAGCCCUUGGGGAUGAUAGAGAUGCAGACCCAUCCCAACGCAAGUUAGGAAAAAGGGGGCAGAGGAGAGCAAGACCGCCCCUUUCAGGACAGGAAGAACAGGACAGACAUCUGUCUUCACAGCAGACACAAAGGGCACCCAAAAAAAAGUAAAAUAGUAAACAUUAACAUUUGUUUAAAUGCGAUAAAUAAAUCUUUUAUAUCAUAUAUUUUUUUAGUUUUGUAAGUUUAUCAAAUAAAUAGUAUCAACUAGUUUUAGAAUUAAAGGUCUUGUUUGAGAAACACAUGGCCUAUGAUAACUGGAUGCCACUUGCUAAAUUAAAUGUAAUAAGGUCAUGUGGUAAGUGGUAACAUGUAGUUGCAUACUGUGUUUUACAAACUAUAAAUUUAUAUUUACUGUA